AAAGCAAGUCAACGUGUACAGAUCGCUAGCGAUCGUUUAUUAAAUACUUAAUCAUCCAAGAGGCAGAAAUAAGUAAACUAUUUAAAUGUGUGCGCUGAGCUGACAACAAAUUGUAUCACCAAAUAAAAGCGAAAAGAAACCUGCAAGUCAAACAAAAACAAAAAACAGCUGAGCUGCUUAAGAACGCGACGCGCGUGUGCGAAGAACAAAAAAACACAAGAUACAGACAAAAUUUUACAACGGAAAUUUUCCCAGCUAAUCGAACAAAGCAAAAGCCGCGUGGAACGUUAAGUUUUACGUAAUAAAGACAGCAACGCGAAAAAUUCAAUUUGAACACACAUUUCAACUCCAUCCCCAAAGAUGAGCUCCUCAGUACUUGCCAUGGCACGGAAUGCGUCUACAAAUGGUAGCGCCAGUUCCUCGAAUGGUUUUGGCAACGCCGCUCUCCUGGCAAAGCAACUGAAUGCGGCACUUUCUAACGGUAAACCGCCCGCCAUGACAGCCGCAACAACAAGCACAACAACAACAACUACGCCUGUAGCCAAACAGCCCGCAUUGGCUGCUAAAAUCAUCCAGCAAUCAGACAUUGUUUGUUUCGAUGUGGACUCAACGGUCAUCUGCGAGGAAGGCAUCGAUGAGCUGGCCAAUUUCUGUGGCAAGGGCAAUGAGGUCGCGCGUGUCACCAAAGAGGCGAUGGGCGGUGCCAUGACCUUUCAGGAUGCAUUGAAAAUACGUUUGAAUAUCAUCAGGCCGACGCAACAACAAAUUACCGAUUUUAUACGUCAGCGCCCCAGCACCUUGACCAAGAAUGUGAAACGUUUUGUGGCCCAACUAAAAGCAGAUGGAAAACAGGUUUAUCUCAUAUCGGGUGGCUUUGAUUGUCUGAUUGCGCCCGUGGCCCAGGAAUUGGGCAUACCCCUGUCCAAUUUGUAUGCCAAUAAAUUGCACUUCGACUACGAGGGCGCCUAUGCCAGUUUCGACACCACCCAACCCACGUCCCGCUCCGGGGGCAAGGCGGAGGCCAUCGCAUUGAUUAAACAACAGCAUGCGGCCGGCGCACUGAUAACAAUGAUUGGGGAUGGUGCCACCGAUUUGGAAGCUGUGCCACCGGCCAAUUAUUUCAUUGGCUUCGGGGGCAAUGUUGUGCGCGCCGAGGUCUACAGAAAUGCGCAGUAUUAUAUAACAGACUUCGAACAGCUGAUAGGAGCCGGCAAGUGAAUAAUUUGACGGAGAGGGAGGUUGCCACGAAUUUAGUAUUGCUAAUUGGUGUGUUUUAGUAUGUAACUAUAUGUUAGAAAUGUAUCGUAUAUGUAUUAGCUUUUAAUGAAAAUGCCAACACAAUAAAAGCGUUAAUUAGAUAAAUUACUAA